AGAUGUUGCGCAUUUGUCUGCUUGCGCUAAUAGGUCUGCCUGGCGCCGGGAAAACAUGCCUCAGCAACUGGAUGCUGCAGCAGCAGGCAGACCUGGGCAGCUGGAACGUUCUCCACGUGUGCUACGAUGACUACUUUCACAAUGACAAAGACCAUAAAAGGGAACGCGACAACAUCUCCCAAUUGUUAAUCCAAAUCAUCGAAACAAUUCGAUCCAGACAUAAUGAUCCACUGCUUCUUGGUCUCCCAGCAAAAGUGCGACGAGCAAUGUCCGCAAUGGAGAGCGAUAAUUAUUUGAUUGUUUGCGAUGAUAAUCAUUAUUAUCGCAGCAUGCGCUAUAAGCUAUACCAGCUGAGUCGCGUUCAAAACUGCAUUUUUGCUCAAAUUUACGUGGCGACCCCCUUAGCUGCUUGCCUGCUGGCCAAUGGAAAGCGCGGAUCAGACGUCAUAGUGCCCGAAGCUGUUAUCCGUCAAAUGCAAACCCGACUCGAAGAGCCUAGCACUGACGCCUGGUCACACAAUAGCUUAACAUUAACGGAUUCCGACUACAAUGCAGCUUCUCAUUCGAUUUGUGACUUUAUCAAAUCCUUACUCUGUCAAACACCGCCUACCGGUCUACCAGAGGUGCGGACCAAAGAGCCGCAAUUACAAUCGCUAGCACAUAACUUAGACUUAAAGUUGCGCGCACGCAUUCAAGCCAAAAUGCAGCAGACCAUGCCCACCAUACCAAAAGCCGUGCAGAGUCACACUUUGAACGAACAACGCAAACAGAUUUUGGCACAAUUUCGACUUGACAGCGGCGGUCGGCAAGCGGAGGCUUGUGCUGUCAACUUGGAAUACUAUGUUAAUUUGUUAAACUAGGCUAAUACUAAGCUUUAAAUGUUUAUAUGUACAUACUUUACAUUAACUACAUUAAACAAAAAACU